UCCUUCUAACGAAGCAAGGAGAUGGUCUGUGAACAGAGAAACCUGAGCAGAUAUAUACUUAGCAUUAUUGGUAUUUUUUUUCACAUGGACUGAAAAGUAAAAGGAAACAAUAAGCAACCUUAUUGGCAGAUUAGACCUGCUUGUGGUGCUCUCCAUCCAGGUGUCAUGGAACCCUACCUAUAAUGCUGCUGUCAAAGACAUUCAAUGAUUGAUUGUUCUUAUCAUACCGUGAAAAAGAAAAAAAAAGCGCUUUGGGACUAGGAUUUUCAGUGGAAUUUCCGGCUUUCCACCUGGCAUCAUUUAAAAGUUGGGAAAUUAAGUUCCAAAAAGGAACCAUACCUAAGUUCUAGAUGCAAAGUCUAGGGAGUUUAAACUGCAAAAGAGCAAUUUAGAGACCGGAGCACCUCCCAUGGGGUGGAGCAAAGGAGUACCCGCCCCGAACAGCUCGAACCAAUAAGCGUAGAGCACUGAGCUAGCCAAUGAAUGCGGGCAAACGUGCGACUGACCAAUGAGCGAAGAGCCUCUGGGUAGGCGGUGCUGGGAAGCAGCAGAGCGACACGGCGGCCGCAGCGAUGGGCAGUGAGCCUGUGGGGAAGCCGACGGGGCCUAAGGAGCGCCUCGGGGAGACGGCAGCGGGGACCCGGCCUCAAUUCUGAGUGCGGAGGGGGCGCGCGAGCGCGGCGCACCAAGCGAGUUGCUGGCCAGUUCUUGAGGGGCGAGCGGCCCGUGUGGUCCGCAUCCCGAUCCCGGGGCUCCGUGACCCGGCCCUGAGCAUCUCGUGGGGGUCAAGGAGCGUCUUCCGAGGCCGCCCGGGGCCCAGCGCUGCCGCCACCGAGCCCCGGGGCGCCCCCUGGAUGGCCGAGCUGCCCCCUCGCCGGCCGCCCGGGCGCCGCAGCGGCUGAGGUCGCUGGGAUCGCCCGGCCGCCGCCCCCAUCGCCGGCCCCUGCAUGCCCGGCGCCCGGGUCGCAGCCCACCUGGACGCUCUGGGCCCCCUGGUCUCCUACGUGCAGCCACCGCUGCUCCCCUCUAUGUUCUACGUGGGCCUGUUCUUCGUCAAUGUGCUGAUCCUCUACUACGCCUUCCUCAUGGAAUACAUCGUUCUCAAUGUGGGCCUCGUCUUUCUGCCCGAGGACUUGGACCAGGCGCUGGUGGACCUUGGUGUACUCUCAGACCCUGGCUCUGGCCUUUACGAUGCAGACUCAGAGCUCGACGUCUUCGAUGGAUAUUUGGAAUAAGGUCUUGAUUACUGUUCCCCACUUGCCUUCCGCCAUCCACAACUCUUGACCUGGACCAGCCGCCUGUAUCAUGCCGCUGCCACUGGCUGGGGGCACCAUCUGGACAGGGAUGGGACCCCAGGAAGAGGCCCGGCUCAUGAAAAUCUGCCUUGUUGAGAGAACAAAGUGUUGGACCUCCCUGCAUGGUGACUGGUCCAUGAACAUCAACCAUUGUUAUGACAGGCCUGCUCGUGCCAACAACCAGGUUCCUGCCCCAACCCAGGCGUCUGCCAGGAGAAGUGAGGACUCAGUGCCGAGAUGGGGAGUUGCCAGAUCCUCCGAACGCCUCGCCUGCCACCCAGCUCUCCGCUGCUCUGGACCUGGCUUGUGACUUGCCACCUUUGUGAUGGAUGUUUACAGGAACCCAACCAGACGUCACCCACAGCCGCACCUGCCUCCCCCACUCAACCUCCGGGAAGGACACGGAGAGCUGAGGUGGCAAACGGACUCAUGCUUAGGCUUUUCCCGUCAGCAUUGUUUGAUGCUGGUUGACCUUAAGCCUGGGAAGACUUCAGACCCAAGACUGUUGAUCAUAGUUUCAGGGUGUCACUCUGGAGGGCUAUGCCAGGGCCCAGGACAGGGUUUAACUUCUCCAGGUUGACAGAACUGAGAUACUGCACUGGGGAAGGCCAUGCUGUGUCUGGCUAGAAAUCUAUUUUUGGAAGUGUGAGUGGUGUGUAAAGUGUGAAUGGUGUAGAUCCUUGAAUUUCCAUAAACCUGUAAAAGCAAUACCUAGAGGCUGACUUAUUUCAUUAAAAAAAAAAUGUAAGCAAUUCCAA